AUGGCCCCAAGGACGCUCUGGGCGGGACAGGCUACAGGAACGCGGGGAGGCUGGGGGGUCAUCUGCUUGGUGGUAUCUCUGCUCCUCCAGCACCCGGGCGUCCACAGCAAGUGCUACUUCCAAGCUCAAGCCCCCUGCCACUAUGAGGGGAAGUAUUUCACCCUGGGCGAGUCUUGGCUCCGCAAGGACUGCUUCCACUGCACCUGUCUGCAUCCGGUCGGUGUGGGCUGCUGUGACACGUCGCAGCAUCCUAUCGACUUCCCUGCGGGCUGUGAGGUACGCCAGGAGGCAGGAACAUGCCAGUUCUCCCUCGUGCAAAAAUCUGACCCUCGGCUGCCCUGCAAAGGGGGAGGGCCCGACCCAGAGUGGGGCUCAGCUAACACCCCUGUGCCUGCGGCGCCUGCUCCCCACUCCGGCUAA